GUGCGCAUCUCUGAAUCCGGCUGUGGACCUUCUCAGCUCCACAGCAGAAGGGUGAACCGUGAGCAUUUUUCAAACUUGGAGAAAAAGAAGAAAAAAAACUUGUUUGCAGCUGUUGGAGCUCAUCAGGCGUGAAGGUGCAGCGCAGCCACUGCGUCCAGAAAAUGAGCAGCUCACUGGAAAAAGUUGUGGCCCAGAAGAAGGAGGCCAUUGAGGCUGUGAUGGAUAUGUUUGAGAGGGGGGCUGAGGUGUUGGCAAGCGCUGUGGGUGAGCUGUUUCCUCUCUGUGAGGCGGCUGCUCCCGUUCUGCGACUGGCCUUAGACAACGUCCAGAGCAAAGAAGUCUUUUAUGUGAAAGAGCAGUUCCUGACGGUGAGGAACAAGCUGGAUGUUCUCUCCAGCCAGCUGGAGGACAUCGACUGUGAGAUCAAGAAGGGGAAACUGGACUGGCAGUACUUCACUGUGGAGGAGAACAUCAGGAACCAGUUUCGGAAGUAUAUGGACAUCUUGGAGGCGAAGCAGCAGUUCAGGGAGGUGAAAACUAGGCUUUUUUUGGAGCACUUUGCCAAAACUGGAGGAGAGAAGAACCUAUUUGUUCUCUACGAUGCUCUAAUGGGGACUAACAGCUUUGGAGAGUCGAUUUUAGAGGUGGUAGAAAGGUAUGUGGCGAGGAACCGUCGUCUCCUGGAAGAUUUCUGUGUUCGGAUGAAAGAACUCUUCUGCUUGGGCUUGAUUGCUCUGCUGGGCCACUGUGCUCUAACUCUGCAGAGCCAAGAGGAGGAGCAGGACAAAAUCCAAGAGUGGAGCAGCAAAAUUGAAGAAGUAGAGUCCAGGAUGAAGACAACAAUAGAGUCCUGCAUUGCUGCCUUCCCAGAGCAAGCCAAACUAGAUGUCCAACGCCUUCUCCAAGAAACAGAAGAGGCAAACCUGCAGGACACGACUCAGCAGCUUCUGGAGUUCUUGGUGAAGAAGUAUGACUGGGUCUGCUGGUCUGUGCGGCUCAUCAACCAUUCAGGCAGCACCUACCGGAACUGGCGCGCUGGGGAGCAUUUUCACCACGUGGCAGGACAGAACUGGUUCGAAGUGCUUCAGGUGAACAACAUAAACCUGGUGGUGUCGUACAGCAGCAAGUCCCAGCCGGUGCCCCGCGACUGCAUCCUGCAGGUGAUGGAGGGCCAGGGGAGGAAGGGGAACGCCCCAGCGGUGGUGGAGGUGCUGGAGAAGCAGCUCAACGGGUUUGUUGUUCAUGCAGUCAGCCGGCACAAGGAGUCUGCAGCUGCAUGGAGCUUUCCAGAAGACUGCCACUACUGGGAGAGGCACAAGAACGUGGCUGUUUGUGUGCACUCAGAGUAAAGCUGAUGUGUUCAAGGUCUGAGGGAUUUUACAGCAGUGUGCAUUAAAGCGCCUGCUAGAAUAUCUAUAUUUAACCUCAUUAUCAACUGAAAAUACUAAAUCUGAUAUCAUUGUUUAUAUUUCCUAACUAUUAGUACUCACUCAAGUCACUUUAUCAGCAGCCAAGGCUAAAGUAUCCAAAUAAUAGAAUAUUAUGAAUAAAACUGAGUUAAAUUGCAGAAGAAUACACAAAAGUAUCUGACAGACACUUUCCUCCAUGACUGACUUAUUAUACGAUUAUUGAUGACAUCAAAGUGUAAGAAAGAAGUAGGAAAGAUAAGUAAAGAAAAUGUAUUUUUAGCAACAGGUGUGAAGAGUUCUUUAUUUUAUUUUAUUUUUUUCCUUUUCUAUGCAUCAUUAACCAAAAAGCUUUACCAGCUGGUUCCAGCAGAAAACAUUUACCAGGCUCAUCCAGAUCCUCCUAGUUUGUGUUUUAUUUUGUCAAUUUUUUCAGGGCAACAUGGUGCCAGUGUUUCCAUCAGUGUUCACAUUUAAGCUUUAUUUUCUGUUCUUAUGUAACAGUAAUCCUAACCCUGUAUUUAUUAAUAUCUAACUCUAAGAGUGUAUUUUUAUGCCUGAUGCUAACUAACUGGAACAUCAAGAGAAGAUGAAAAAUGAACAACGAUCUGUUCACAGGUCGUUGAUCUUCUACCUCUUUAUGAACAUUUUUGGACACUUCAUAGUUGUGCAGUUACACAUCUGUAGGUUUGAUUAAAUGAAAAAUGCAAUGAACACUUUUGGAGCCUCGAAAAUUGAACAAUUUUCCAGUUUUGGAGUAAAUGUGACAGUUUCAUGUGAUGCCAAACUAAACAUUUUAUGAUUUUAAAAGUCUGUCUGAAAACGUCUGUAAAUACGCUGAGAAAAGCCAGUGGGCCAAAUGCAUCCGUCACUAUGACUAUUUAAUAAAAAUAAAGACAUUUUA